CUCACCUUGGAAUACGUUUCUUCCAGCACGCCCUGGCUGUACCUCCGCAGUAUCGUAAACAUCGAAUUCUGGAGACAUAGUACCAGCAACACCAUGAGCCGAGUGCUGUUCAURUACCCGGAGGCCCUCGACCAGAAGGUCAUGUUGUUUGUGGGGGCAGUGACCGUUACGACACUGCCAGUGAGCAGGGGGAGGGCGGCCUGUCUUUCCCCCGCGGCUUCGUCGUUGUCCGACCGCUCCGUGUUGGUGUUGCUGUCUUCUACGUCGCACUCCGGUAUCGCUUGCUGCUGUAACAAGGAUGAAUUUGACUUUCGGAUCAUGGUACGUUUGAUGCCAUCUCCCUCUGGUCCUCUAAGUACUCGCUCGCAUACAGCUUCUUGGUUGAGACUUCAGAACCCAGAAUACCGUAGAGAGCCAGAAAUCAUACGAGUACGAGUAGUAAUGAUUCGAUAUGGUACGGUUCGUACGACCCAACUGAAGCCAAAAAUAUUAGAUGACCUUCUGACUUCUGACAUACCGGUACACGAGUUAGGGUGCGAAAUAAGACAUGACAGCUUUUUAACGGUAGGGAUUCUACAGGACUCUACGUGUGGAACAAUAGUCUUAUUUUACACCCGGAACAUAAAGCUGUCACUUAGUAAAAACUGGCGCGUUUUAUUUACUCAUAACCUGUUAGAAAUGGAUAGUCUUAUUUCGCACCCAAACUCGUACUGCGGAGGUACUACGGUACUAAAAAAUUUCUUCCUCGGUCUGUACGUACGUACCGUACUGUACCUGGUACCGUACAAGUGAAAAGGUACGAGUACUCGUACGAUUUCCUUGGAACACUCAUAUCAUACAAGUAGUGGCAGUUGUAGGGUACGUACGUAGGAACCUUCUACCUUCGCUUCGCUAGUGUGAUCUAGAAUCUAGAAUACACAUGCUGUCUGCCCAUCGUCCGUUACCGUGUUUCCGGGGAACCCAGGCAGUCGAUUGCGGAUAGCAAGCGAUCACACGUACGAAGUGCAGAACCUAGGAUACGAAAACGUACUUUGCUAAUCAAUAAUAAUAAUAAAUGGGGGUUUGGCAGAGUAAUAGUCUACAAUCAUUUCACGGUGUCUUCUACACGAGCGGUUGGCCUAUGGCGAAACAGUGUCCCGCUAUUAGAACGGAACGGAAGUUGGACCGACACCAUCUCUUUCAAAAGCAAGUGUUGGGGGAGGAUCCCCGCCAUCGCUGCAUUUACUCCACCCAGUCGAUGGGGGAAGGAUUUCACACUCUGCUGCUACAGAAGCAGAGUAAAAGUCAGUGUCCUGAACAGUUCCCGGCUCCCGAUCACGGGGAACAAUAGAAAUGUACCAAUGAAAAGUCUCAUUGCUCACUUUGCACUUGAAAAUCGAAAAUUUGCAAUCUCGAUCCUUACAAACCCUACUGUAUUUUUCCACUCCCUGGCAAUGCCCAUCUCUUUCAUAAACUCCAUUCACGGCAGCAUGACCAGCAUCUGAAACCUUAAUCUUGGAUACAUCGUUUGUCUCAGGAACGUCCUCGUAACGGGAUUCUUCAUCAUCGUCCUCCGACUCAUGAAAACCCGUUGCGAUAUCGGAAUCGGACUGGUGAUUGUGGUCCAUAUGCGGUCCAACUUCAUCAUUAUCUCUUCUACCUGAAUAGUCACCCCUAGACUGCCCAUGCCCAGCAUGCUGGGCUGUUUCGAAGAGAUCUGACUCCAUUUGUGCCCAUGCAUCACGAUUAUCCUCCAUCCAAUCGUAAACAGAUUGAAUAUUCAUCAUUUCCUUCAAAAACCCAGUAUAACGCUCGUAGGCGUCAAGUAUUUUGUUAGGAUCAUAAGAACCAGAAGUUUCCAUUUCGCGAAAACCAAUUGAGGCAGUAAUUAAACCAAGAGGAUGGUUAUCGGCGGUGUUUAGAACUCGGGUACACUGCAUUAUAUAACCGAUUCGCUCCUUCUGAUAGUCAUCGGGGAUCGAUGCAAGAGUACUCAAGAUUGCGAGCGCAACCCUAGUAGUAUCAGCACCUUGCCAGCCAUGCGGUGCCGUAUAAAUGGCUCGAAGAGUGUUGUAAAUCAAAUUCUCCGACCCAUUUUUAUAUCUAUAGAAGGCUGCUGCUACGACGUAUUCGGCCAAUUGCUCGCUCAUAUUAGCAUUUAAGGGACAGUAAAACUCGAAAGCACUCAAUCCAAAAUCAGCUAAUUUUCCAACCGUAGGUUUGUUGUUACGGAAGUGAUCAGCCACGUCACGUGCGAUGCUCUCACACCUUUUCAAUGUAUCUUCCCUACCCUCGAUUGUAAUGAAACGUAGCUCGCUACUUCUUCGUGUCAGAUCAGCCCUGAAGCCGUGUAAAGACAGAUCAUUGCGAACCUAAGAAACAGAAAGUGAGAUGUUUAACAAGUAAUAAGAAAGAACCGUGAAGCAUGCAUCUUCUUUCUACUCACCCUUCCAUCCUCCCGCUGUGCAGUCUCUUUAUAAUAGUCAAGAAAUCCUGUCAAAUUAAGGUAGUUCAUCCCUUUCGAGACAUUCCCUCCGUACGAUGAAGCAUUGUACUUCGCUAUGACGUCGAUAAUUCUCUGCGACGCAAUAUUGUCGUGGCCGCAUCUAUGAAGAUACUCUCGGAUAUCUCGUUGCCCCAUGCCUUGAACAGAUCCAGAACAAGAUUCUUCGAACACUUUCGUCAAGGCUGCCUGAGCCUCGGUAGAGAGAACAAAUCCUCUCUUCCGGCCUCUUUGGUCGUGUUUCUCUAAUAAGAGUGGUGCUUGAUAAAGAUGGGAAAUGCCCAUUAGUUGUCCCAAGGUUUCAAACAACGAGAUUGGAGCGAAGUUCAUCAUCCCAGAGUUACCCCUGUAGUUUAAAUCUGGUGGAUUCAUCACUUGGUUUCCGUUCAUAUAAUGUGAGUGCUCUGCCUUCGAAUCGUACUCCGCACUUUCCAACGAAAGCGAAGCCCCAGGGAACGCUGAUACCAAAGCGGGUGGAGAUUUUUGGCGAUUAAUGAAGCAAAUCAAGCGUGCUGGAAUCAAGCAACCAAUUAUUGCUUCUCGUAAUAGUAAUCCCCCACGUUUAGGAUCAGUAAAUGAAAGCUCCCGAAUAAAGGUAAAAAUUUCUU